AUGGCCCCAAAACAGCGUUCCCAAACUCCUCGACAACCUGGCGUCGCCAACUCCUCCGAGUCAAUCCUUUACCACCCGCAGGCUACGACUACACUCUUUUCAGAAGACGAACCAGCCCACGACCGCCGCCGCCGCCGGCAGAGAGAUAGCCCGCGUCCCGCAUCUUACACUCAGUCGCCUUCUCAGGACACAAUUGCUUUGAGCCGAUCACCUAUAGUAUCCGACUCGCCUGCCUCACCGCUCGAAGGAUCUGCUCAAGGUUUUACUUCACGUCGUGAAAGCUCUUCCACCAUGAGGACAUCAUCCAUUUCUCUCGACAUGGUGCCCACCUGUACACCGACCGGCCGCAUCAGCAAGGCGAAGAAGGGCAAACGUGUCCAUGCGUGUGAGUUUCCUGGUUGUGGAAAGGUCUUUACUCGGGCAGAGCAUAGAAGGAGGCAUGAAUUGAAUCACAACCCUGAAGCUCUCUUUCCCUGCACUCGACCUGGAUGUCGAAAGGCAUUCCACCGUAUGGAUCUUCUCCAACGCCAUCAGGAGAGACAUGAUUUGGAAACCGCAGCUGAAGCCAGCGUCGCUGGACACAUGAACCAGAUGGCACAGGUUGCAGUCACUUCAGAACCGUCUUCUGUGAUGCCCGCUCCUGUCAUGACGAGCCCUCAGGCCGAUCGAAGCGCUCCCAGAUCCUCGUCUGGAGGACUCUCGAUUGGAUCUCUCGUUCAUCCUCAGCAGGACUAUCGAUAUGGCAUGGGAACACCAGCCUUCAACGGCUUUCCACGACAGCCCAUGCACUAUGUUCCUGGAUACAACUCGGCCGACGACUCCAUCUUCUAUACCCCUGAAAGCAGCCAGUCGCCUGUUUCUGAAUACUAUGGCCGCUUCCCCCAUCGCCAGAGUAUCUCUUCCUCUUCCUCGGUAGCUGCUUUCGAUCCCAGCGCGGCGUCACCCUUGAUCAGUGGAACCAUGCCCGGUCCCUGGGUGCCUUCGUCCGGACCGCCCAGCAUUCUUCCCUCGACCAUGCUUGAUGACGGGACUUAUUUAUCUACUCUACCAUACCAAUACCCCUCUCCGACCUGGAUGGAAUCGAAUGGUCUGUCAUACGACGAGAACUAUCAAAUGCCUCUGGACUUCAGUCAGGAGAUGCCUCAACCAUACUUCCACCCGUCCUACCCCCUCAUCCAUAGACCUAGCUUUUUGCCCACAAAACCGAGCCCCCUCCUGGCCAGUGCGAUGCUGGCCAUAGGAUCCCAAUACGACACCCGACCAGACGCGAAACUGUACUCCCUGACCUUGUUGGAGAUUGCCACGAAACUGUUGAGGAGACGAGAUAACAUCACGAGCCGGUCGAGGCUGGCAGACCUGCAAACCGUCUUCCUCCUGGAGAUUUUGAGCAAAUACUGUGCGAGGCGGGUGGAGGUGGAGAUGUCUGCUCGAUUUCGAUCUCUGUUUGCGAGCCUCGACCAGGCACGACGGACGCUUGCCACGGAUCCUUUGGCGGUCUUCCGAACUCUCCCCAAGGAGCGGACACCGGACGACAUCCAAAGAGCCCACAAGUUCUGGCUCGAGCACGAGACCCGGCGACGAAUUCUGCAGGCAUGUACCGUCCUGGAUCUCCAGCAAGUGACCCUGUUCGAACAGCCGGCCACGAUUGUCCACCACGAGCGCCCGAGGAGGGACAGCCCCAACGGACUUCGAGUAAACGUGUCUCUGCCCUGCUCAGAGAGGCUGUGGGAGACCAGCCCGAUCGACGACUGGAUAGCCAUGGCCUCCGGCUCCGACGCAUCAUCCUCAUCCAGCAAAGCCAGGGGCUCCCGUCCGGAUCAAGGCUCAGCUUCGUCUCUGGACUAUUUUCAGAUCCAAGUCAGCUUAGCCGCCAACCCGAGUCUCCCGCUCGAUCAGCUCCUGCCCCGGAAGGACCAGACGGGCGAAUGCGCAUCUCGACUCAUCUUCAACCGCCACGCCCGCGACAUGGCCAAGAAUACACCCGUUCGACAGCUCCUGGUGGUCAGCGGCGAAUCCUGGAUCAUCGGGAAGAAGCUGGAGAACGAGGCCGAGUUCCAGGACGCCAAACGCAACCUGAGGGCCUGGGUCGACUCGAACCGCGAGAGCCGGGCGGCCGUCUGGCACGCGACGCAGCUGAUCCGCAGCCGGGCCAAGUUCUCGACUUCUGACGCCACAAACACCGACCUCUCUGUCGCGUUCCACGACACCCACAUGCUCCACGAGCCGUGGACGUUCUACCUGGCCGCCCUCGUCUGCUGGGCCUAUGGCCUUUCUGCGUCGACCCCGGGGGACAACUCCGGCCAAGGCUCCGGGGCCGCCUCCACCAGCAGCGAGCCGACUUCCAAUCCUUCACGAAGCUCCAGUCUGUCUUCGGCACACCCGGCUCUCCUUGAUUCGCACGAAGCGGCAUACAGUAUGCGAGAAUACCUACAGAACACCAACGUCAAAACAGUCGACGAUUUGUUACUCUUGGACCCGCAGGUGUUUGGACGUAUGCACGGUCUCCUCGAGAUCGUUCGGCUCAACAAGGUCUCCCUAUUCCUAGGGGGGCUUAUGAAUGAAGCCGAACGGGUCUUGUAUCGACUCGUCGAGGGACGCAGUCGAUUGUCACACUUUUAG